AUGCAGCAGAGGCAGCUGGACAUUCAGCUGGUACACAGAGGUUCCCUCCAGAGACAGUCAGGGUUCCCUCAGGUACAGUACAGCGCUCCUCUCAGACAGCAGCAGAGGAUCUGGAGGCUCCUACACUCUCAGUCCUGUUACUGUGAAUCACACAGGAGUUUAUAUGUGCAGAGCAGAGAGAGGAGAACCAGUCUUUCACACACGGGACAUGUGUGUGUUUCAGGUGAAUCUCCUCCAGUGUCUCUGAUCAUCAAUCCCAGCAGAACUCAACACUUUACUGCUGACUCUCUCUCACUGAGCUGUGAGGACCAGAGUGACUCUACUGGAUGGACAGUGAGAGGAUACACACACAGUGAGGCAGUGUCUGAUUGUUCAUCAGUUUCAGGAUCUACAUGUAACAUCAGCUUCCUCUCUACAUCACACACUGGAGUUUACUGGUGUCAGUCUGAAUCUGGAGGACACAGUAAUCCUGUCAACAUCACAGUGCACAAUGGUGAUGUGAUCCUGGACAGUCCUGUCCAUCCUGUGACUGAGGGACAUCCUCUGACUUUACAUUGUUUAUCUCGCAACUCAAAUAUCUCAGCUUCUGGUGUUGAUUUCUAUAAAGAUGGUUCCGUCCUGCAGAAGAAGACUACAGGAGAGAUGACCAUCAGUUCUGUCUCAAAGUCAGAUGAAGGUUUCUACCACUGUAAACACCCAGAGAGAGGAGAGUCACCGAAAAGCUGGGUUUCAGUCAGAGGUCGGUCACAUGCAGAAGCUCCAAUGUCAGUGCUCAGACUGAUCAGUAGUCUAGUGACGGUCUCUGUGUAUCUGCAGCUGACCAUCAUUCUGGCAGUGAAGUGUUACAGAGCUCGCGUUCAGACUGAGGAAGACAACACACAGAACGCUGCAUCGAUGGGUGUCAGCCCAGACAUGCUCACUACGUUUGAACCAGUGGUCAACGGCCGGAGCUGCGGUGGGGGUUGCGUUCCACGGGAACAGAGGGGGUUGGUAACCGAGCACGCACUGGAAGGGGGUGAGAUUGGUGGCCGAAUGACGAUGCCCCGUACCGAGUACCGUGUGUGCCCAGAUGAUGAGUUCUUGGCGGUACUCUUCAGAAAAGAAUCGAGUCAGCGUUACAUCAUAUUCUCUGUUCCUCUUCCCUUUUUAGUGCUUAUUCCACUUAUCCGAGUCGGACAAGCUCAAGCAGAGAUUAUACCAGUUCUGUCUGUGGAGCCGAAUUCACCUCAAAUAUUCAGAGGAGAGACGGUUACACUCACAUGUAGGAUUUCAGGAGGAAAUGGACCGUACCACUGGUACAAAGAUGGUGUUAAUGUUCACAGUUCUGCUGAAAAUUACUACACUAUAAAUGUAGAUCACAGUCACAAAUACAGAUGUUACGGGUCUAUUAAUGGACGGUCAACACCACUGAGUAAUGAAGUGACUCUCUCAGUGAUAGAGAGACCAAAAGCCGUUCUGACUCUGCAGCCUGAUGGACAGAUAUUCAGUGGACAGGAAGUCACUUUCACAUGUGAAAUACGAGGACAUGCAGACAAUGAGUGGAUGUACCACUGGUAUAAAGAUGGUGUCCAAAUAUUCUUCUACACUGAGAACAGUAAAUAUUCAUUCACUGCUGUAGAGUCUCUCAGCACUAAAUACACCUGCAGCGGACGGAGAAGAAGCGACUCUCAGACCUCAGAGACCAGCAACGCUGUUACACUCACUGUGUCAGAAAAACCCAAACCGACUGUGAGAGUGAAUCCUCAGAGCUCCGUCUACACUGGAGACAGAGUUACUCUGAACUGUAAUCUGCUGUCUAAUGGAUGGACUUUUCUCUGGUACAAAGAUCGAGUCCAAGUAGCUGAAGACACCGACACACUCCAUGAUACAGUCUCUAAUGCAGGAGAAACAGUGUAUCAGUGUAAAGCACGCAGAGGAAACUACGACUCAGAGUUCAGUGAUCCAGUUACAGUUACAGUUAGAGUGCUCCCAAAACCUGUGGUGUCCAUAAAUCCUGAUGAACAGGUGUACAGAGGAGAGACUGUCACUCUCAGAUGUGACAUACAGGAUGAAGAGGACUCUGACUGGAUCUACAGCUGGAAUAAAGAUGGUUCUGUUGUCAGUAGUGAACAGGAGUACAGAAUCAGUAGUGCUGAAACAUCUCAUGCAGGUAAAUACACCUGUAGAGGAAGAGAGAGAGGAGGUUCACACUCCUCACACACCAGUGAUGCUGUUACACUGACUGUAUCAGAAAAACCUAAACCUGAACUCACACCAAGUCGUGAAGGAGCUGUACUGAAAGGAACCUCAGGGAUUCUGUUCUGUACACUGAAGCUGCAGUCUGCUGGAUGGAAGUUUUACUGGAUCAAACCCACACAGAGCACUGAGACUGAAGCUGAAACAGACUACUACACUAAAACAUACAGUGCAGUUAGUGUCUCUGAUGAAGGUCAGUACAGGUGCAGAGCUGGAAGAGGAAACCCAGUCUACUACACACACUACAGUGAUGCACUCUGGGUAAAUGUUUCUGAGAGUCCUAAAGCUGUGGUGACCAUAAAGCCUGAUAAACAUGUGUUCAGAGGAGAGACUGUGACUCUCAGAUGUGAAAUACAGGGAGGAGGAGACACUGAGUGGACAUACAGCUGGUAUAAGAAAGAUUACACACUCUACCCAUACCGCAUAACACAGGAGUUCAGCUUCAACUCAGUUAUAAAUGAUAAGAGUGGUGAAUACACCUGCAGAGGGAGGAGAAGUGACUCUCAGAGCUCAGAGAUCAGUGAUGCUGUUACACUCACUGUAUCAGAUGUAGCAGAGGCAGUAGUGAGUGUGUCUCCUCUGCGCUGGCUGACUGAAGGAGACUCAGUGACUCUAAGCUGUGAGGUUAAACACUCCUCUACAGGCUGGACAUUCAGCUGGUACACAGAGGUUCCCUCCAGAGACAGUCAGGGUUCCCUCAGGUACAGUACAGCGCUCCUCUCAGACAGCAGCAGAGGAUCUGGAGGCUCCUACACUCUCAGUCCUGUUACUGUGAAUCACACAGGAGUUUAUAUGUGCAGAGCAGAGAGAGGAGCACCAGUCUUUCACACACGGUUCAGCAAACUACAGCCACUGUGCAUCACUGGUGAAUCUCCUCCAGUGUCUCUGAUCAUCAAUCCCAGCAGAACUCAACACUUUACUGCUGACUCUCUCUCACUGAGCUGUGAGGACCAGAGUGACUCUACUGGAUGGACAGUGAGCGGAUACACACACAGUGAGACAGUGUCUGAUUGUUCAUCAGUUUCAGGAUCUACAUGUAACAUCAGCUUCCUCUCUACAUCACACACUGGAGUUUACUGGUGUCAGUCUGAAUCUCGAGGACGCAGCAAUCCUGUCAACAUCACAGUGCACGAUGGUGAUGUGAUCCUGGACAGUCCUGUCCAUCCUGUGACUGAGGGACAUCCUCUGACUUUACAUUGUUUAUCUCGCAACUCAAAUAUCUCAGCUUCUGGUGUUGAUUUCUAUAAAGAUGGCUCCGUCCUGCAGAAGAAGACUACAGGAGAGAUGACCAUCAGUACUGUGUCAAAGUCAGAUGAAGGUUUCUACCACUGUAAACACCCAGAGAGAGGAGAGUCACCCAAAAGCUGGGUUUCAGUCAGAGGUCGGUCACAUGCAGAAGCUCCAAUGUCAGUGCUCAGACUGAUCAGUAGUCUAGUGACGGUCUCUGUGUAUCUGCAGCUGACCAUCAUUCUGGCAGUGAAGUGUUACAGAGCUCGCGUUCAGACUGAGGAAGACAACACACAGAACGCUGUUAUAGAGGAGUGAACAAUGGUCAUCUAUAAAAAAAGAGGUUUUGUGAUUGUGAAAUAAUAUUGAUUUGUCACUUGAUAAAUUAUUUUCUCUACACUUUUGUUUUUCUGAAGCCUACACACCUCCUCAUGGGGUCACGGUGGAACUAAUUACAUUGUGUGAACUCAAUAUUAAGGCCUACAUGUUGCUAAUGUCAAAUUCCAAGUACUGAAUAAAAGAAAAACAAAUAGUAAUAGUUAGUUUUUAUAAUUCGUGAGGCUUGUGCUGUGCUUCUCCAAAAUACCCAGACAAAAGUCACCCAACAUGGCUGUUGGGUGUGUUAUAAUUUUCCAUAUAGAUAUUUUUAAGUACUAACAUAAUCUUGGUUAUCAAUCUUGUUUAAUAUGUUUCAUUAUUAUAAUUGUAAUAAUAAUAAUAAUAAGAUUUUUUAUCAUCAUCAUCAUUAUUUUUGUUGUUGUUGUUAUUUUUAUUGUUAUUGUUACAUGUUUAUCCAUCCAUCCAUCCAUUUUUGAUACUGCUUAUCCUACAGGGUCGUGGGGAACCUCGAGCCUAUCCCAGGAAGCACGGGGCACAAGGCGGGUACACCCUGGAUAGGGUUAUUCUAUGUUUGUUUUAUUAAAAAGUUAUUAAAAAGACUUGUUUAUCUA